AUGGACUUCAGUUACUCAUUCAAGCUCAACUUCAUGGAGGAAUCAAUACGUGAUGCAGCUCUCAAGGCUUACAAGAAUAGCUCGGAAUGGGUGCUGAGUUUGAACGAAGGGGCCUUCCUGGAAAAACUUGGGCACGUUGUUUUUGGCAUUAGUGGAAUAUCAAGAAAGACAGAGAAACAGGGGAAGUCAAAUCAGAUUCUUCAAGAUAUCUCCAAUCUUGAUGUUAAAGCGAAGUGUUUUGGCCUUUCUGACGAGGAUAAGGAAUUAAGGYUCUCUCUUCAGAAGGAUUUGCUUAAUGUUUAUAUCAAGGAAGAGCGAAUUUUGAUUCAAAGGUGUAAACUUCAAUGGCUGAAGGAAGGUGACGAGAACUCCAAGUUUUUUCAUCGUUGUUUAGCUGCCUGUAAAAGGAAAACAUGA